AUGGCGGACCGUCUCGAGGCCGGGUCCAAGAUCUUCAAGACGCCCGUCAACAUCAGCCACUGGCUGUACGCACUGCUGUCACCGUCUGCGCGCAAGUUUCGGCGCAAGAUGGACCGAAUCCGGAUUCGAGGCGUGGACACGCCGCUGACCGUCUACACCUUUGACGUGACCAACCCCAAGCCGGGGUUUGCGACCCCUCGAUUCGAGAAGGACGAGGAAGGCGACGACAUGCAGAUCCCAGUGGACUUUGAGAACGACCCCGAGUACAAGGAGAUCCGCGAGGGCCUCGACCCGGCCUUUCUUGAAGCGGCCGCUAACGGCGUUGAGCUCUACCUCAAGGGUGACUGGCGCAGCGCCAAAACGGCCUUCACACUCGCACUGGAACUCCGACCAAGCGACGGUCCCGUGUCGCACGUCAUGGACUACAUGAAGAGCUUUGACUUUGACGCGCCAAAGGACUGGGAUGGCGUGCGUGACCUCGACGGCUACUGAUGUGCUCAAGUAAUAAUUAAUUUUACAUGCAUUUGGU